AUGAAGUUCACCCUUUCCUUCACAGCCCUUACCACCGUUGCUGCUUUCGCUCCUUCGGCCUUCACACCCAAGAAUGCCGGAGUUCCUGCUUCCACCAGCAGCCUUAACAUGGCUUUGAAGGACGGACAAACCCCAGUCGUCAUCGGUGUUGCCGCCGACUCUGGAUGCGGAAAGUCCACUUUCAUGCGCCGUUUGACCUCCAUCUUCGGAGGAGAUGUCGUUGGACCUCUUGGAGGUGGCUUCGGAAAUGGAGGAUGGGAAACCAAUACCUUGGUCUCCGACCUUACUACCGUCAUCUGCCUUGAUGACUACCACUCGAACGACCGUAACGGCCGCAAGGUCUCUGGUUUGACUGCUCUCAACCCUCUUGAGAACAACUUCGACCUUAUGUUCGAGCAAAUCAAGGCCCUCAAGGAUGGAAAGACCAUUUCUAAGCCCAUCUACAACCACGUCAACGGAACCCUCGACACCCCCGAGACCAUCGAACCUACCCCCAUCAUCAUCUUCGAAGGUCUUCACCCUAUGCACGACGAACGCGUCCGUGACCUUCUUGACUUCACUCUUUACCUUGACAUCUCUGACGAGGUCAAGCUCAACUGGAAAAUCCAGCGUGAUAUGGAAGAGCGUGGACACUCUCUUGAGUCCAUCAUGGCUUCCAUCGAGGCCCGAAAGCCCGAUUUCGAUGCCUACAUCGACCCCCAAAAGAAGGACUCCGAUGUGAUCAUUGAGGUCCUCCCUACCAACCUUGAUAAGGAAGACAAGAAGACACUUAAUGUCAGAUGCAUCCAAAAGGAUGGCGUCGUUGACUUCAGCCCAUGCUACCUCUUCGACCAAGGAUCCACCAUCGAAUGGACUCCUGCUCCCACCAAGCUCUCCGCCCCUGCUCCAGGACUCAAGAUGGCCUACAGAAGUGAACAAUACUUCGGCAGAGACUGUCAAGUUGUUGAGAUGGAUGGAAGCUUCGAUAACCUUCAGGAGCUCGUCUACGUCGAAUCUGCUUUGAGCAACACCAAGACUAAGUUCUACGGAGAAUUGACUCAAGCUAUGCUUGCCCUUGCUGACGCUCCAGGAAGCAACAACGGAACCGGUCUUAUGCAAACUCUUGCAGCCUUCGCCAUUCGUGACAUCUACGAGAAGAAGACCGCUGCUGCCAAGAAGGUUAAGCAAGAAACCACCACCUCUGCUUAA